UUUACCUGUCGUGCAAUUGGUCCCUACGCAGAUAUACAAGGAAAUUAUCCCUCACAUGCUCGCACGCCUCUAUUAAUCUCUCCUCUCGCUCUUCUUUGACGGCGUAAUAAUGGAGAACGGCCAAGAAAGCGGCGCCGGAAGCAAACAUGCCACCGAUGGAGGGAACCCUAAUCCCAACACGAUUACGACGUCUUCGCCGACUGCCGGGGAGGCGCCGCCCCCCGCUGAGGCGGGGCCCCCUCCCCCUUCGCCGCCCCCGGCCCGCACGCCUUUCACCAGCCUCAGCCAGGUCGAUGCCGACCUUGCCCUCGCUCGCGCCCUCCAAGAACAGGAGAGGGCGUACGCGAUGCUGAGGAUGAACGGCGUUGAUGACAGCGAUUACGAGAGUUCUGACGCCGGAAGCUACGAUUACGAUGGGGAGGAGGAUGAGGAUGGGGUGGGAGACGAGCCGGAACGUGUCGUCGAGGAGGAUGACGGGAGCAUCGAGGGGAGCGACUACGACGAGGACGCGUUUGACGCCAAUGAUUCUGAUGCCGAUCCAGCUGAGUUUGAAGACGAUGAGGCAUUCGCAAGGGCACUGCAGGACGCCGAAGAGCGGGAGGUGGCUGUACGAUUGAUGGCCCUCACAGGAUUGAACGAAUGGGCGUCGGAUGAUCAUGGGGACCAUGGCAGUAACUCUCAGGAUACUUGGCAAGAGGUUGAUCCAGAUGAAUACUCAUAUGAGGAAUUGGUUGCACUAGGUGAGGUAGUUGGAACCGAAAGCAGAGGUCUUUCUGCUGAUACAAUUGCCGCUUUGCCUUCAGUAAGUUACAAAGCAGAAAAUGCGCAAGAUGGCAGUGCUGAACAGUGUGUUAUAUGCCGGCUGGAGUACGAGGAAGGUGAUUCUUUGGUGUUGCUUUCUUGCAAGCAUAAAUACCACUCUGAAUGCGUAAACAAGUGGCUCCAGAUAAACAAGGUAUGUCCUGUCUGCAGUGCUGAGGUCUCUACGUCGGAGAGAUGAUCUGAUAAAACCAAACCACAAUCAUCUUCUUGCAAUACUCUUCGAUGCCAUUGCUUCUGUCGGUUGGUUAUUCGGCGCUUCAUUAUGAUUAAGAUGGAAGCAAUUGGUUGUAACUUUUGCAUAAAAUGCUAUAUUAUGAUGCAGUGUUUAAGUUAAUGCAUUCAAUGUGCUAAAACCUUUUCUUUGUGUUAACAUUUGUAUGAUAAGGAAUACUGUGUUAAACCAUGGUGCUAAAACUAUCAUAAUGAGAAUUGGAAUUGUAUGCUUA